AAAUAUUGGAACUAAUACACUCAAGUUUAGUUUUUGAACUAAGAACAACGAGAAAAGAAUAAACAUGAAUUUCCGUUUUGGAUUAAUCUUCUUGCUUGUGGCACUGGUUUUCGCCGUUGCCCAAGUCAACUCUGAGGAAGCUGAAGCAGGCAUCAACAAACGGAGUCCUGAUCCAUUGAAUGUCAAGGCAAUCGUCGAUGCGAUCAAGGCACGACUCGGGAGAAGCGCUGAAUCAAUGAAAAUGGACCGGGAACGCCGCAAUCCUGAUCCCAGCAUUCUCGAUGUCAUCACGGACGCCGUCAACUCAGCCAUGAACGCGAUGGGUUAAAAAUCCAACCAAGUUCAACCGGAUUGUUAGGCGUGAGUGGGAAAUUUGAAAACUGAUUGUGCAUUAGCCAAUCACCGCAGAAUCAUCGUAUGGAACAUCAACUAAUAAAUUCUGCUGAUAAGAAUUUAUUUUCUUCUCGCUUAAUCCAAUAUUCUUUGAUCACAGAGAACGUACAAUUGACCAAAACAAAAUCAAGAUUUCUUUAUUAACUGAAUGUAAUAUCAACGAAUAAAAACAUACUGCAGAAAUCGUAA